UUGUUGUUCGAUUCGGCUCAAUUGUUGAACGUAAUAGGCGAUGUUUAUUACAAAUUCCUCGAAGAAGAAGCGGUUGGUUUCGUAUCUUCGCUCCAGUGCCGGGGAUAAACGUGGGGGACUCAAGGUUUUGAUUAGGCGUUAUCAUUUCCGGGGCUCAAAUCUACUCUCAGAAUAUCUUUAUUUGUUUUCGGUUAAAGCCGUCUUGAAUUGAAAGGAUGAUGGACUGAAACGACGAUGGCAGUGGUUGAGGCAGCUGGUCCAGACCGAUGCUACUCUGCUGGAUAGUAGAACCGAGGUUUGCUGCGAAGUCCCUCAACAGUGCCAAGAACCGGGCCGGAGCUUUAGGAAUUAAGAAGCCUUUUUGCAUCGCCAUUGUCUGUGUUUGCCUGUUUAAACUAUGGAGACCAGCCAGGUGAACUUAACUAUCAGGGGAGAGACCACUCCGGGUGAGGUGAUUGCUGUUGUCGGCAGCUGUGAGGCUCUGGGAAACUGGAGCUACCAGAAAGCUGUGACUCUACAUCCUAUUGGUGAUGAAAGGCACACAUGGGCAGUGACGAUCUCUGUACCCCGGGGGGUUGUUUCCACGUAUCGCUAUUUUAAGGGCUUCUUCCUGAAAUCAAAGAGUGCGGGUGGCCCAUGUCAAGUGAUAGUCAAUUUGUGGGAGACCCAUCAUCAGCCUCGCACGAUGAGCCCCACAGUUGCACAGCAGAACAUUGAUGAUGGGGAAUUUGGAUUUCACAAUGGCGUGAAAUGCGUUGACUCAGGAUGGCUGACAUGCCAGGCGGACAUUCGACUCCGCUUGCACUAUUCCAAGAGGCCUCCAGUGUCCAUCACCAAGAAGAAAUUCAAGAAGUCACGUUUCAGGAUUAAACUUACGAUAGAGGGUGUUGAAGAGGAAGAGGAGGAAGAGGAAGAACAGGAACUCAGCCCUUCCUCUUGGCACAAGAUGACCACAACUCUGGAAAUCAGUUUAAUCACUGCCAACGACUAUAAGUCACGUCACUCUCAGCCAGAGUGCGGCUACGCCCUGGAGCCCUCUCGGUGGACCGAGUACAGCAUCCACACCAUGGACCCGGACAACCUGGAGCUCACUUUUGAGUUUUUUGAGGAGGAUCUGGGCGAGCACGUGGUCCAGGGAGACAUCCAUCCCGGACAUGUCGGGACAGCCUGCCUCCUGUCUUCCUCGUUCUUGGAGAACGGCAAUGACACAGGCGUAGUCACGCUUCCCAUCAUGGGCCGAAACUUCAGGCAGACGAUCGGGAAAGUCAGAGUGGAUUACCUGGUGAUCCGCCCUAUCCAGAAGCUGCAGUGCGACAUGAGCUCCUCGUACACAAAGCACUGGAAAAAAAGAAGCACGGUGGACGUGGGUCACAGAGGAGCUGGAAGCACACGCGCUGCCAAACACCACAGAGUCCGGGAAAACACAAUUGCUUCUUUCAAAAGUGCUGCCAAGCAUGGUGCAGCUUUUGUGGAGUUCGACGUUCAUCUCUCCAAGGAUUCCGUGCCAAUCGUAUACCACGAUCUAACAUGUUGCAUCUCCACCAAGAAGAAAAAUGACCAGAAUCUGGAGCUCAUUGAGGUCCCUGUCAAAGACCUGACAUUUGAUCAGCUGCAGCUAUUGAAGCUGGCCCAUGUCGCUGCAAUGACAGGAAGUGAUCCCAAAGAUCUCCUGGAGGAUGAGGAUGAAGUCGAUGAACAUCAGCCGUUCCCCUCACUAUCACAGAUUUUCCAAGCUGUUCCGGAAAGUGUUGGUUUUAACAUUGAACUGAAAUGGAUCAGCCAAAUGAAAGACGGAACGUGGGACGGGAACUUGUCGUCGUAUUUCAACAUGAAUACCUUUCUGGACAUUAUUCUUACCUGUGUUCUGCAGAAGGCUGGGAAAAGGGAGAUCAUCUUCUCAUGUUUCGACCCAGAUAUCUGCACAAUGGUGCGACUCAAGCAGAACAAGUACCCCAUCCUUUUCCUGACUCAGGGCAUUUCAGAAAAGUAUCCUGAGCUGAUGGACGUGCGCUGUCAAACGACGCAGAUCGCCAUCAGCUUCGCUCAAAGCGAGAACAUUCUGGGAAUCAGCGCUCACACCGAGGAGCUGCUGAAGCACCUUAACUACAUCGGCGAGGCCCGGUCCAAAGGCCUGGUGGUGUUCAGCUGGGGAGACGACAACAACGAGCAUGAAAACAGAAGGAAGCUGAGAGAGCAGGGAAUCGACGGGCUCAUUUAUGACAGCAUCUGUGAUGCUCAAGGAGAGCAGCCAAACAUCUUCCAGGUAGAAGAGCAGCACUCCCUGCAAGAGGUCAUUACAGAGGAGACCCUAAAGAGCUCUGCCUGUUCCUGUUACUCCAUUCCCUGCUCCGCCGUGCCGUGCGUCGCCCCCGAGAUCCACCACGGAAGUGUGGAGUCCGAUUCCGGGCUCAGCUCCUCAUAGAAACCCAACCACAUUGUCUUUGCACAUGUCCGUUGAGAAAUGACCAAAAUGUGAUUGGUUGAUAAAAAUGAACCUUAGCGUUCGCUCAAAAAAACCCCCAAAAAAAAAACGCAUCACAAUUGUUGGCCAGAUUCGUUCUUCUGUUUUUACGGCCCUGUAGAUAAACGGAGCCACGUUUGGAAAUUUAGCCAAAAAAAACAUCAACAGUCCAUGCAGGUGUACAAGUUUGUGGUGGAUCGAAGUGAAAUAUGAUGCAGAUGAGACUUUACAUGCUGAAAGAUUUUCUUUUUCGCUAUUUACGUGCACGGAGCCGUCAUCGUUUGAGCAAUAGAAUAAAAAAAUGUGACAAUGUGUUUUUAGAAAUCAGUGGAGUGACGGGUCGCGUUAGCAUUCUGCAAACAGUGCUGGUUGCCAAUAUUUAAUACCCAUUUUUUUACUUCUAGUGGAGCAACUUGAUGCACUUUAAAAAACCACCGUAGGAAUAAUUAAAUUCCUCUUAAUAAAGUGUGAUUGAAAUCACUUGUUCCACCUUUUUUAAUGGCUUUAAGCUUUUGUUGACUUUUGUUAUCGGCUAUUAUUCUGCAUUGCACAUUGUAUAUGCUGUAUGAUUUCGCUUCACACUUACUUGAGGUAAGCAGAUGAAUGUUUUGCAACAGUGCACAUGUAAACCACAGCCUUACGGGGGAUUUUUUGGCAUGAGCAAUCUGUCUCUGUCAUUUCAAAUAGACUUGUGUAAAAAGAAAAAAGUUUGGAUCAUCAUUCCCACUUCCUGGUGAAUCUGUUUCACUUCUGCACCGAUAUUCUCUGCUUGGGCUUACACAACUUUGUAAUAUGUUUUGUACAGUACCCGUCUUAUCCACCUCAUCUCUGAUCUACAAUGUGAAGACUGCCAAAUGCUUUCCUUGAAUGUAUAUGUACUUGAAUAUGGAUGAAUAACUGAGCCAUGUGUACAAUACUAACACAUGGAAUGUAAAUAAACUUGCAGAAUUCCUCA